GUGUUUGUUUUUGUUUUGUCUGUCCUUUCAGCCACCCAAAGCCAGAGGGUUUGGCAGCUGCUAAAAAGCUGUGUGAGAACCUCUUGCAAACGGUUCACGCCGAGUACUCCCGCUUUGUGAACCAGAUAACCACUGCAGUGCCCCUGGCAGGCUUCACCCAUGCCCGCACCAUCAGCAGUGUCCAGUCCCAGCCGUCCUACUACCUCCAACCGGGUUACCAGUCGGGGUACCCAUCUGUGUGCCCCCCCGCCAGCAGCCCGCCAGUCAGCCCUAACGGGUGCCAGGCCGGUGCCCCCCGGCCGUGCCCCUGGCCCCCGGCGUGCUUGCCGGCGCUGCCCGCGGCCGUGCCGCCCGUGCCCACGCAGUACCCCAUCCCCCAGGUCCAGCCUCCUGCCAGCACCGCACAGAGCCCGCUGAGUGCUCCUUUCCUCCCUGCUGCCCCAGUAAAAACCAGCCUGCCAACUGGUGCUCAGCCCCAGGUGCAAACCCACCCCCAGGGCCAAAAGAGACGCUUCACCGAGGAGCUGCCCGACGAGAGGGAGUCGGGACUGCUGGGAUACCAGGUGGAAUAAAAUCAGCCAUUCUCUGCAUUCCCCAGAGCCACA